CUGGCUACAUCUCCCUCAGAAGGAUGCCUCAAGCACCACCCGUAGAAGAUGCAGGCACUCUUACCUCUUUCACCCCCACCUCUCCCUAUUGCAAGUACCACAAAAACCUUGGCCUUGCAAUGGAGGACCUUCCCAAGGUUGAAGAUCCCCAGAUGUUCCCCAAUCAAAGGAAGUUCAGUUGUGGGCCAUGACGCUUCAACAGUUGAUUACAGCUCCGUGACCUCUGUUUUCCCAGCUGAGGCUUGCGAGACAAUAGGAGGGGAAGCUUGUGAUGUUGAAAUGUAUCCUGAAGUGAAGCUCAAAUCAAUUGCCACAAGCACUACUAGCACUACCACUGAACAGAUAGACACAGAGUACUUAGACUACAAUAGUCCCAAGACGGUGUUCCUAGAAGAGGCUUGUGAUGAUCUCGGUGGAGAAUUUUGCGAUCCUGAGUACAAAAAGGAGUUUUAGUAGAACAUUUUGGGAAUAUAAAUCCCUUGGCAAUGUAUCUAACGAAGUUCUUGAAUAAUAUAUGCGAAUUGAAUA